GUGCCGACCAUACCCACAAAAGCGAAUUAGCAAAUCAAAUCGUCAAACAACAUGUUGAGAAUUGGUUAUGUUGGAGCAGUUCUUACCGCGGUAUCUCUCGUGAUUUUCAUUGAUGCACAGACGAUAGAUGAUGUCAGUCAGUUACACAAAACGGUAAUGUCUGGUUAUAACAAAGAUAUAAGACCUGCUAUUGACCAAUCACAACCUGUCUUUGUCAAUGUCUCAUUUGAACUCAUAUCAAUACGAGAACUUGACGAAAUCAUGGAAAAGAUAUCAAUAGUAGGAAUAUUAUGGAUGUUCUGGGAAGAUCCAAGAAUUUCAUGGGACCCUUUGGCAUAUAACAACACAUUUAUGACAAAAAUAUCAAAUCAAAAUGUUUGGAAGCCGGAUUUAAUCCUGGCUCAUCCAAUUGAUAUGACAAAGGCAAUUGGUUUUGAUCACAGUUGGUACCCUGUGCGCUAUAACUACAAAGGAAUUGCACUUUGGGCCCCUGGUGAUGUAAUGACGACAACGUGUAACAUUGAUAUAACAUUUUACCCCUUUGAUAAACAAAGCUGUGAGGUAACUUUCAUUCCAUGGGGAUCAAGGAAAAGCGAAAUGUUCAUACACAUAGCCGAAAAGGAAGUUUCUAGAAAAUUAUUUUCGGAAAAUGGAGUAUGGAAACUUAAAAAGGCAACAGCUGUUACUGGUCUAAUUGACAAUAUGUACCCCACCUACAGUGUUGUGAUUGAACUUCAGAGAAGGCCCACGUAUAUAAUCGUUAACGCCGUGUUACCUGUAUUGUUUAUGGGACUGCUGAAUGCUCUUGUUUUCUAUUUACCCGCUAAUUCAGGGGAGAGAGUUUCUUUUGCUAUCACAAUUUUGCUUGCAAUAGCCGUUUUUCUAACACUUGUUGGUGACAACAUGCCGAAAACAUCACAGCCAAUGUCAAUAUUAUGCUAUUUUCUCCUCACAAAUCUAGUUCUUAGCUCCUUGAUUAUGGUCGUAACGGUGGUAAAUCUUAGAAUUUAUUACAAAGAGACAGAGGUUCCUCGGUGGUUGAGGUCGUGUGUGUUUAUUUUGAAAUGCAAGCGAAAAUUCCGCAAUACAAACGAUACAAAGGUGGACGCUCUAACGGAAAGUAAAGACGCAGACGUAAAGAAAUCACCGGAAGUAGUUGUUAAAGACAACUGGGUCACCGAGUAUGAUGAUACAGAGUCUAUUACCUGGCGUGAUGUUAGUGAAACCGUAGAUCUUGUAUUCGGUAUCAGCGCCAUUGUAUGGCUGUGCCUGACUGCAUUGGUGUUUUUCAGCAUGGUAUCAACACAAAGUCUACCAGAAAACUAAGAUAUACUCGUCCAUGUGUUUUUGUUGCAAACGCAAACAUUGGAAUUAACAAUUGUACAUACUUAUGUUAUCAAGAUUUUAAUGUACACUUGUAAUUACACGUGUAAGCAGGGCAGGGUCUUUAUAUAACAGAAAUAUUUUGAAAGAUCCUGACGGAAAAUUCAAGUGCAAGUGAAUACUGUUUUGGCCGGUGGUAGUUAGGUAAGAGAUGUUGCACUAUUAAAUUAAUUACUAUUAUCAGAAGGAUAUGUCAUUCCGUUACAUAAGAAAUGUAGUGUUAAUGAAGUAGAAAAUUAUAGAGGUAUCAAAUUGUUAAGUAGUCUUGGUAAAUUAUUUUCAAGUGUAAUUAAUGCAAGGUUAAAAAAUUGAGCUGUUAAUAUAAUGUCUACAUUGAAGCUCAGGCUAGUUUUAGAUCAAAUAUGAGUAUUACAGAUAAUGUUUUUGUUUUAAAUGGUUUAAUAUCGCAUUUAAUAAAUCAAGGAAAACAUUUUUUUGUCUAUUUGUUGACUACAGUAAAGCAUUUGAUUACGUUGUGAGGGAAAAUCUUUUGUACAAGCUUAUUCAGUUAGGGUUAAGAGGGAACAUUUUAGAUGUCAUUCAAUCUAUGUACAAAUGUGUAAAAUCAAAAGUUAAGUAUUUGAAUAAUUUAAGUAAUGAAUUUACAUGUACACUAGGGGUAAGAUAAGGUGAAUGUUUGUCACCUUUUCCUUUUUCUAUGUUCUUAAACGACUUAGAAGAUACAUUUUUAAGAAGUGUUGAAGGAAUAGAUGUAAAUAUGUUUAAAGUUUUCUUGUUAUUAUAUGCGGAAGAUAUCGUAAAUUUUGCAAACUCGGCAGAAGAACUACAACACAAUAUAUGUCUCUUGUAUGAUUAUU